AUGAUGCCCGAGCCAAUCGAUCCCUCUGAAGUAAUAUCCUUACUCCAACAAUCUAGCGAUGGCCUCGAGGAUGAUACUUGCAAGUUCUCGAUUUACUCAGCGGGAAACCAAGCGUCUGCCAUCCAAGCCGAAUUGGAAACCUACUGGGGAACUGAACAUUUCAAGUAUUCUUCAAGCAAGACCGAAUUCAUAUGGCAUAGUGGAAAUCCGCCCGACUUGAAAUCGAUUGUCCCAUCCCAGCUCGAUGGCACCUUACGUUACGGAAUCUCGCUGCAGGAUGAAUGGUUCCUGGUUUGGUGUUUGUUCGAAAUUAGCAAAACUUUUGAUUGCCAAAUUCAGGUCCAUGAUAACGAUGGCGAAUUUCUCCUGAUUGAGGCGGCCGACAAUCUCCCCAAAUGGCUCACUCCUGAUCUGGCGAAAGGACGAGUUUGGAUUCAAGAAGGAUCUCUCCAUCUAAUUCCUUUAGCGGCAAAUCCAUAUGUACAAGCUGGUCUGCCAACCCAGGUGGCAUUGGAAAUCCUUCGCGCGAGAUCUCAUUCAACUGUGGCUUCAGCAUCAAUCAACACUACUAUUCUUGAUCGCAUUCGCGGAGCAUCACCCCAAGUGCUCACUGAGAGCCACCUUUUUAACACGGAAGCCUACCUUCAUAUUAGCAUAGCCAAGGCCCUUCAAACUGAUCCAAAUCUCAUAGGUUUAGCCGUCAAAGCAUUCUGCGAGAAAGACGCGGAUAGUUUCAAAGCAUGCCGAGAAAUGAUUCGAUUCCCACCUCUGACUCCCUGCAACCCUAGCACCGAUGACAACGAGGUUGCGAAAUCUUUAGCGACUAACUGGCCUUAUUGCUUGAUUCGAAUGACUCGGCCGCUAUAUGCUGUUUUAUUGAACCAUGAGACGACGUUUCACCCACCCAAGCCAUUUGAAAAAGUGGGCUGGAUGGAUGUGGCUAGGGAGGACAGCGUUGAAUGGAAAAGGAGAUUGGUCGGGAUGAAGAUUUCGUGCGGGUUUGAGAUGUCGCUAUCGACAGUUCAUUCGAGUCGAACGACUUGCGAUCCCAUGUUCAAUGGCCGUUCUCGUAGAUAUCAGAGCUACCUUGAUAAACUCCAGAAGGCCGGCUAUUUUCAAGGAGAGGUCGAGGGUAGCACGAAAUGGGUUGAACUUGAAUCGAUUGCCAAGAAGGCCUACGCAGACAGCCUCAAACCGAAUGAUAUCAUCACUCGAUUCGAUUCUGCCGUCGGACAGUCUCAUCUAUCCGAUAGUCACAGCACCUCACUUGACUGCAAAGGAGAAUCUGACGAAUGGCUGGACCUAAAUGAAGAACAACUCAAAGCUCUACUGAAGGAAGGGGAUCCCCAUUCAAUGCCGCUUGGCUCAUCGUCUAUAGAAACACAGGAACAGGAGAGUGAUGGUGAAAUAAAGAAGAUGUCAUCCUUUGCUACUCAAAUGGAGAAGUUUGUGGACGGACAAGGAAGCUUAGAGGGUGCUUUACAUUCUGACGAUGAAAUGACAGAUGAUUCGGCUGACACUAGCGCAGAGGAUUCUGAGCAAGAAGAGCUACGUGCAGACAUCUUUCCUAGUCGACGCAAGAAUGCCAAGAGAGCCUACAAAGGUCCUACUCGAAAGUCUGAUGGCGAAUAUGAUGACGAAACGAAAGAAAGACUGGCCACGCUGGUACCAGGUCUAACUGAUGCUGAAUGGGGACAGUCGUCCGAAAAGACCACCCAGUCAUAUGCCGAUCCGCCCUUGGUUAAUGAUUCACAACCAACCAACGCCUCAGAUAAAAUCAAUGCGACCACUAGAAAUAAAAAGCCAUUACCUAAACUAACCAAACAAUCGUACGAUGGGGUGUGCGAGGAAGCGUCGGAGGAAGAUUCAGAUAGCGACGAUUCAAACACCCCCAGCGGAAUGGAAAAGCAAGUUAAUGCUGAAGUGGUAGAAGACAUCGACAUGGAUGAAGAGCGGGAUGAUUUUCUCAAAUUUGCGCAGGAAGCGCUCGGGUUGACAGGCGCACAAUACGAAGCUAUCUUGGAUAGUCGUAGGGAAAGAGGGGCCUACGUACCACCCACAUCAAAAGUCUCGCAGAAAGAAAGCCGUCCAAAGAAAACUCCUCAUACCGAUUUGGCCCCAGAUACUUUGAUGGCCUCGAAAGGCGCCAACACACGAUCUUCAGUAUCGAAAGGAAAACAGCCUGAACGCACAGUUCGUUUUGAAGCCGACAAGCCGACAGACGAAGAUGAGCAUCAACCGAUGAGUUCAUCGGAUGACGAAGACCAGAUGACAGAAGAUAAGAAGGGGAAUGUGGAUCUGGACACGUUUGAUAAACUGAUGAACCGGAUGGACGAAGAGCUCCGAAAGAAACGCGGCAAACGAAUGGGGGAAAAGGGUGGGCCGAUUCCGGCAGACCCCCUUGGGCCCGACCUGGGCGGCGGGUCCCGAUCGGGGAUGAAAGAUCUAUCAGACGAUUCCGAUGACUCAGACGUGGAGAUGGACGACAUCGACCGGGCCAUCCACAGCGAACUGGCUGACUUGAUGAACCAAUCCGGCGUCCAGUUGGACGGUCAAUCCCAUGAUCAGCCCAACUAUUCCGUCAUCUCCAAUUUCCUCGAGAGCUUUAAAUCUCAGGUCGGCUUGCCCGGUCCCGUCGGUAACAUGGCCGGUCGAAUCGGAUUCGAUUUCUUUCCUUCAAAGGAUAAAAAACCUUAG